CAAAACUUUAACCGGAAGCUUCAACACUGAGCUAACAUUAGCUAGCUUGAUGGGAGAAGAGGGAGUCCGGCAAACACAAACAUGAACAAGCUGAAGUCCUCACAGAAGGAUAAGGUUCGUCAGUUCAUGAUAUUCACACAAUCGAAUGAGAAGACUGCUGUGACUUGCCUGUCACAGAAUGACUGGAAACUAGAUGUUGCCACAGACAAGUUUUUUCAAAGCCCAGAGCUCUAUGUUUCAAAUCUUAAGGGAGCUUUAGACAAGAAGAAGCUCGACCAGCUGUACAACCGAUACAGAGAUCCUCAUGAUGACAACAAGAUAGGCAUCGAUGGGAUCCAGCAGUUCUGUGAUGACUUGGGUUUGGACCCCGCCAGCAUAAGUGUCCUCCUCAUAGCCUGGAAGUUCAGAGCAGCAACACAGUGCGAGUUCUCAAAGCAGGAGUUCAUCGAUGGCAUGGCAGAACAGGGGUGCGACAGUAUAGAGAAGCUAAAAGCUCAGCUGCCAAAGAUGGAGCAAGAGCUGAAGGACCAGGGGAAGUUUAAAGACUUUUAUCAGUUUACAUUUAAUUUUGCAAAGAAUCCUGGUCAGAAAGGUUUGGAUUUAGAAAUGGCAAUCGCGUAUUGGAAUUUAGUACUGGCUGGAAGAUUCAAGUUCUUGGGCCUGUGGAACAAAUUUCUAGUCGAGCACCACAAAAGAUCAAUUCCAAAGGACACUUGGAAUCUCUUGCUGGACUUCAGCACAAUGAUCACAGACGACAUGUCGAAUUAUGAUGAAGAAGGAGCUUGGCCUGUCCUUAUUGACGACUUCGUGGAGUUUGCUCGGCCUCACAUUGGGACCAAAAGCACGGCAGUUUAACGGCCGCUCCCUCCGAAGAACCAUCCGUGAGGUCUUUACUACAUAGGGAACGCAGUGACUGGAGGCCAACAGGACCACAACAAGCUGAGAAUUAUGUUGCCUUUUCAACCCUCAGGACUGAAAUAUUUUUCACAGCAGAGACUUUAUAUAUAUACUGAAUGUACAUAUAUAAAAAAAGGCAUAUCUCUUUGUUGGUCAGCUUGUGAUUGUAUGGAACUUUUAAGUAUUGGGCUUUUUUUUGUGCGUUCAAGCCAAGCAAGGAGGAGUCACUGUCGUGAUCUGUGUGAUUCUUUGAUGUGUUUGAACCCAGAAGCAGAUAGAUAAACUCACUUGAAAAUAAUGUAAACUCGAGGGUUCACAAAGGGGUGUUGUUCUCUAAUUAUUGAAUUUUAAUACUAGUGUGCAUUCCCAAUUUAUUUCUGUUUUAUGAGACAUUUGAGUGACAACUUGGUAUAAAACAUUGAUUGUAAUUUUUUAAGCUUAUUGGUGUUUGUUUAAACAAAUGUUGUUUUGAAAUAAAUGUUCUGAUUUGGUAUCU